GGGCACUGGUGGGUGGCACUGGUGGGCACAGGUGGGUGGCACUGGUCGGCACAGGUGUGUGGCACUGCUGGGUGGCACAGGAGGGUGCACUGCUGGGCAAACAUAGGUGCACUGCUGGGCACAGGUGGGUGGCACUGGUCGGCACAGGUGGGUGCACUGCUGGGCACAGGUAAGCAGAACUGGUGGGUGGCACUGCUGGGCACCGAUCAUCAGGGCACUGAUCAUCAGUGCCCUGAUGAUCGGUGCCUAUCCCCGCUCUGACAACUGCCAGUUCUCGGCAGUACUUUCCUCAUGAUCUGACAGCGUGAGGAAAGUGCAGCCGAAAACCGGCAAUUGCAU